AUGUUUAUAUCCCUGUAUUAUCAUUUUAUUAUAAAACACUCAUUUAAAAAAAAAGGUAAUCCCGGCCUAGUCAAAAGUUCUAUGAUUGAGAAAACACUAAUUAGUAAAAUGUUAAGCAGGGUGAAACAUGCAAAUCAUCGAGGAAUAUGUACUCAAUUCUCUCAAAGUAAGGAGCUUUCAUGUAACACAUAAGAUGGAAAUGCAAAUCGAACGCUAUAAAAACACUCAGUGUCAAUGGCAAAAAGUGGCUGAGGGAACCAGAGAGCGAGAGAGAGAGAGAGAGAGAGAGAGACAGGAUUGCGAGAGGAGGGCGGUGGAGGAGACAGGCAUACCCUUCACCUACAUCUCCGCCGGCUGCUUCGCCGGCUACAUGGCCGGUGGCUUCUGCCAACUGGGCGAAUACUCCCGGGCAAGGACAGAGUGACCAUCCUUGGUUCCGGCGACGUCAAAGGUCGAGAUCCUCCAUUCAAAUCCCACCAUCAAGCUCUACCCUGUGUUCACUUUCUCUCUCUACAGCCGUAUUCGUGGACGAGGACGACAUCGCGACGUACGCCGUGAUGACGAUCAACGACCCGCGAGCGGCGAACAAGACGGUCUACAUCCGGCCGCCGGAGAACGUCCUCUCCCAGAUGAAUCUGGUCAGGCUCUGGGAGGAACUCAUCGGGAGGCAGCUGGAGAAGCCCCGUCUCUCCUCCGACGACUUCUUCUCGGCCAUGAAGGGUAACUGGCAUUCAACAACGUAGACCCACCCCCAGUUUUCACCAUCCUACUGAUGGCAUUACUCUCUCUCUCUCUCUCUCUCUCUCUCUCUCUCUCUCUCCUCGCUCUGAGCUGGGGAGGGACGUACGUUGCAGGCAUGGACUACAGCUCGCAGGUGGCCAUGGGGCACUUCUACCAAGUGUUCUACGAGGGAUGCCUCACCAACUUCGACGUGGGGGAGGAGGCCUCUGAGCUCUACCGGGAGGUGCCCUACAGACGCAUGAGGGACUAUCUCAAGCGGUAUCUAUGA